AUAAACCCUCUCUCUCUCUCUCUUUCCCUUUAUGUUAUUGGGUUAGUUCCUUCUCUCUUACCUCACUCAUCACAAUUUUUUCUUCUUUCUGAUCCAUAUAGCUUUUGCCUUUCCACAUCUCUCUCACUCUCGCCCCUUCCAAAUUCUCCUUUUUUCUUUCUCUCUUCUAUCAUCACACAUAAACAACUCUCUCUGAUUCUCUAUCUUUCCAGCACACCAUAAAAAUGGUUGAUCAUCAAACUGUUUGUUGCAUGUGUGGUGACGUUGGUUUUCCCGACAAGCUUUUCCGUUGCAACAAAUGCCGCCAUCGCUUCCAACACUCGUAUUGUAGCAACUACUAUGGAGAACUAGUGGAGAUAGAACAGUGUGAUUGGUGUCAAAGUGAACAGAAGAAUAAUUCAAGACAUACUGGUUCCAAUUCUAAGAAACCGGUAACUGAGAUUGUCGCGACAACCAAUCGUCAAGAAUUUUCAGGUGAGAAAAUCAUGAAGCAACAUGAUCGUGACGAGAGUGGUUCCGAGAAAGGGAAGAGUCCUUCGCCAUCACCACGAACGGCCACACGUAGGUACAAGCUUCUCAAGGACGUAAUGUGUUAGAUAUCACCGAAAUCGUGAACAAGAAGAUGAUGAAGACGACGAUGAAAAAUAAUAGGUGACUUUUGUGUUAAGAAGAAGAUGUGUUUUGUGUGUGUCUAUAACGUGUAGUAUGUUUGCAACAAAUUAAAGAGUGUGUUUAUUUUGAGUGUUCUUCUCAACUUCUCUUGUUAUGAGUGGCUUUUCAGCAAGUUGUGAAUAAUAAUAAUAAUAAUAAUAAUAAUAAAAUUAUGUAACUUUCAAUCUA